AUGUUCUGCAAGAACAACAUGUUGAGCAGAUUCUAUUUUGUGAAGAUUGUGGUGUUGAGUUCUGUGAAGAUUGUGGUGUUGAGGAGACGAUUGAACGUCGUUGCUUCCUUCCGGUCAGGAUCCCUUCUCUUCAUAGAAAUUGUUGAUGGCAAGUUUCAGAAUCGCAUGCUGCUACCACUUUGUGUGGGUGCUGGACGAUUUGGACUGAAAGAAACAAUAGGAGAUAUGAAGAACUUCAAAUGGGCCAUUGAUACCAUCCAUGAUCUAGCUGCGCUAGUGGGCUUGAAGACAGCACGAGAACUGAGGGAGAAAUCGGUCUGGAUACCCCCUGAGAUCACUUACAACAAGGUCAAUGUUGACCCGAGCUAUUACGAGCAAGAUGGCUAUGGUAGUACGGGAGUUGUUAUCUGGGACCAUAUCGAAGCACUGGUUCAGAGCACAAGCAAUUUUGGUAUCAAUUUUGCACAAAAUGCAAGCACUAUGGAAGCCUUGGCGCUUGGUGAUGGCAUUCGUCUUGCUCUUGGACACCUCAAGGUGAUCAUCGAAAGUGAUGCUCAAGAUUUGCAUAUAGUGCAGCUGUGGAUCGCUCAUCAACCUGUUGAGCUCUUUCUGGAUAGGACAGAGGUACAAUAUUUACAUCCAUGGCAGAAGGUUCUUAACCCUGAACUCAUCAAAGGUCCUUGGACUCAAGAGGAAGAUGAUAAAAUUAUUGAUCUUGUAAGAAAGUAUGGACCAAGAAAAUGGUCUCAUUGCAAGGACCUGCAGAAGGACCCUCCGACCUUAGCGCAGGAAGGUCCUGUAGGUGAGGACAUGUUCCACUGGCAGGCCAGUAUCAUGGGACCCUUGGACAGCCCGUUUACUGGUGGCCUAUUUUUGGUGAACAUCCAUUUCCCACUGGAUUAUCCCUUCAAGCCCCCAAAGGUCUCUUUCCGCACCAAGGUGUUCCACUUCCACUUUCACCCAAACAUUAACAGCAACGGCAACAUUUGCCUUGACAUUCUCAAGGAACAGUGGAGCCCGACUUUGACCAUAUCAAAGGUCCUCCUGUCAAUCUAUUUGUUGCUGACGGACCCCAACCCCAAUGAUCCUCUGGUGCCUGAGAUUGCUCACAUGUACAAGACUGAUUGGGCCAAGUAUGAGUCCACGACAUGCUCCUCGACACAGAAGUACGCCAUGGGUGGAUGUAUAGGCAAGCAAUGUGGAGAGAGUUCUUCUCAGCUAUAGCUAAAGUCAAAGACGACAAACCAGGUGACUUAUUGGAGUUGCAGGACUAUAAAUCAUCGGUCAUAUGAAUCUUCAUUUGUAAAUAUGACUGCUGGUGCUGCCGAUGAUGCUAGCCAUCGGCUUGGAACUAAUGAGAGACAACCGCUGUUGCCAACUUGAAACAUAUACUUUUUAGGUAUGAAUGGUUUACCUCUCCUCCUCUCGCGUCUGGUGAGGCAAUUCAUCCUCGGUUCGUGCCUCUCCUCCUCUCGCGUCUG